AGAGGUAUUGAUGAGGAGCAUCGGGUCAAGCAGCAAUGAGUGAUAACGCACAAAGUAGCAGCAGCUCAGCGGUUGCUAGCAGUCAGAAUGGAGGAUUUGUCUCGGACAUCGUCAAAUCAGUCUUCGAGCCAGGCGUCAAUGCUUCCGUGGUGAUGGGUAAGCGUUUCACGAUAGUUACAUGAGCUCACGUCGCUCAAAGCUAUGAACAUCUGUUUCUUUCUCCUUCUUGUAAUACUCUUCGCUCUGGCCGUCUUGACCUCCUGGAACAAGCACGUCUUGCUGUUACUAGGAGUCACCUCCUUAUUUUGGUUCUCAAUGCUUUGGUUCAUCGCGGAGAUCAGCAAAGUGCAGACAAGACCGGACAACAUGCCGCCAGUAGAUGUGGACCCUCCAACGAGCGCAGCAGCGGAGAGCAAAAAGGACAGAUGAUAUGCAUAGAUGCAAAAAUGCUAGG